AUGCUUACAAUGCUGUUAUCGCUGACAAUGGCAAUGCCUGCAGUCACUGCCAAAAUUAAUGAUGAUCAUAUACGGUUGGAUAUGUGCCGGACCUUGCUAGAGGAUGAAUUAUGUGAUCGAACUAUGCCGAUUCAUGAUGGGCACUAUCCUGUAACGAAACUGAACGAUAGACUUAUUGUGCGUGUAAAUCCAGGUGAAAGGCCUCACUAUGGAAUUCACUCGGAGUAUCUCCCAUAUAACUGUCAUGUUCUCAAAGAAGGUGAAUCGACAACAGAAGAGAACGCUUUCGUACUAGGAGGUUGUCCUCAUAAAACAAACGUGGCAAUUUAUCAAUCAAAAGUCCCAGUGCGUAUAGAAUUCACAAUGCAAGACGUCUUAAGCGAGUUCCGCACGCAAAUGAGUGGCGACUACAUAGUAAAAUGUAUUAUCGGAGAAUGUUCGAGAAAAGAAGGCAGCGCAAUUAACAAAUGUCCCGAUUAUGAUCAUUGUGAGAAAGGUGAAGCAUGGAAUCCGGAUAUUCUUCAUGUUAACAUUCAUCAGAUACCUGCAUAUAUCAAACUUAGACAUUAUCCUAUGUAUAGAAGUGCACAUCGUCAUUAA